ACGAGUACCGAUGCGGAUGAGACAUUCUUUCAGACAGUUGCGCAUUAAUUAGUCUGCACUACGUUGUUCAGAGGAUGUAUGGUUGAUUUUUCUCUGUGUUUUGUCUAUUUAAAAUUUGGAGCUUUUUGUUAUCGUGUACAGAAUAUUUUAGGAAUCGGGCACUUUGUGGCAACGCUUGUUCAAAUUCAAUCUAAUCAGUUCCAAGGAAGGAGGGAUACUGUCGCGCUGGUCGCACCUGCCCUCGGGGACUGCUCUCAUCUGUCUCUUCAACUGGAACCAAAACUGCGCUGGGGAGCUGUCCUGCAAAACAAGCUAUGGGAUACAAGGAAAACUGCUGAGUUUCUUACAUUUUGAUCUAAGGAUUGUUGGGAUUAAAAACGAAAGGGAAUUUGUCACUUUUGGACUAUUAGCCCUAGCUGCGAAUUUUCUCCGUUUUCAUCCUCAGCCAACACUUUUGGCUCUUCCUUGGGAUUGAUUUUAUUGAAGUAGGGCUAUCAUCUGUGGUCGACAGAAUGGCCCCGCUCGACUGCGCGAAACUGUCAAUUCUCCUUCAUUUGAUCACAUAUAUCACCGGUCAGGUCAGCCUACCGGCCCCUCUUCUGCUUCCCUCUGGGGACACACACCUUCGCCACACUGGGAAGUCACUCAUCCUCACCUGCAGAGGUGCCGCCCAACUCCACUGGAGGCUGCCCUGGCGGGACGUCACCUCGGAGGGGUUGCGCGUGGAGGAGUGUGAGCCCCAGCUGCACGCCCACUGCAGUAAGUUGCUGGUGAGCCACCUGAGCCCCAACGACACGGGCCUCUACAGCUGCAGGUACACCCAGCCCUCCGCCGACUUCAGCUCCACCUACAUCUACGUCAAAGAUCACCAGCAUCCGUUUGUGGAGCACCAUUUCCCCAUUCCAUACACCUUGUUUACAUACAGACAUGAGGCCACCCUAGUGAUUCCCUGUAGAACAACUUCUCCUGACCAGAUUGUCACUCUUGAAGGGCUGCCACCCUUAUCAGAGGAGAUAGAACAAUGGAAGGAAUGGGACCCCAAAAUAGGCUUUGUGAUCCCAUAUGGUCCCUACGAAUCCUUUCGUCUCCUGACCUGUGUUACCAGCAUCGACGGCCAACAGGUCCAGUCGCAGUACAUCCCUCUGAGGCAAACUAACUUCCUGAGGAACGUAAAGAUCAACCCUGAACGUAUCAAGCUGUUAGUGGGAGAUACUCUGGUCCUCAACUGCUCUGCAGAGACCACCUUCAACGGAAGGAUCAACUUCCAAUGGGAGUACCCAAAGAGGAUGGUCAAUCGGAACCCCACCGUCAAUAAGAUCAGAGAGAAUCCGGCUUUGAUCACCAGGAUGUACAAAGCCAUCACCUUGUCCAACAUCACCAUGGACGACAGGGGCACGUACAGGUGCACGGCUGAGAUAGGGAACGCUGAGAUGGGGAAAAAGAAGCACGCCUCAGCCAAGGUCACCAUCUACGAACAUCCAUACCUGAAUGUGUCCUAUAAGAAUGAAUGGGCCAGGAGAGUAGUCUACACAGAGGGUAGAAACAAGCUGAUGUUUGAACCCAAGGUCAAUGCACUGCCACCAACCGACACCAUCGCAUGGUAUAAGGAUGGCGUCCUCAUCAACGAGAACUCCACUUGUUACGAGUCUUCAGGCUACAACCUACUCAUCAAGGACGUGAAGCAGAAGGAUGCUGGGGUCUUCACCAUCGCCCUGGGCAACAAGGAGAGAGGCCUCUACAGGAAUCUCAGCUACAUUCUGGUAGUCCGAGUGAGGCCUAUGAUCUCAGAAGAGGAGGUGGCCUCGGUAGACGUCCAACCAUACAUGUUCGGCAAGCAGCACCAGCUAACCUGCACCGCCUUUGGAGUGCCCAUGCCCGACAUCACGUGGCUCUGGCAACCAUGCCACCCUGACCCCACCGACAAAGAGUGCACCCUUUACACUGAGCCAAUCCCAGUUCAAAUGGACGAUAAAGGGAAUUACUCACACAACUGGAUUGAGAGCAUAAACAACCAAACUGAACUGGUGAAAGGAAAGAACAAGACUGUGAGUACGCUGGUGGUGGGAGCGGCUAACGUCACAGGGAUCUACUCCUGCGCAGCCCAGAACAAACUUGGCACCCGUACACUGAGAACCCCCUUCUAUGUGGACGAUCACCCUCAGCACCUGGCCAUUGAGCCCCAGACUGCCAUCGAGGGUGACGACGUCACUCUGACCUGCAGGGGGACCCGGUACCUGUACACAGACCUGCAGUGGAAGGACCCUCAGAACUCCACCAUCACCAACAACGUCACGGCCCUACAGUUCAGCCCCUACUCUAUCUCUCUCUCCCUAAGCCUGCACAAUGUGUCCAGGAAUCACACAGCAGGCUACCAGUGCUGGGCGCACAAGAUCCACAACAAGAGAGCUAUAGUCAAGACUGUGCUGACUGUGCAUGAGAGGAAGAGGCCGUGGCUGAGACAGAACCUGACCAAUCAAGAUGUAAACAGCAGCAGCACUCUGACUAUGGCCUGCUACGCCCUGGGUGUGCCGCCACCCUACAUCACCUGGUACAAAGACAACCUACCAGUACAGGAGGGUCCAGGUAUUACCCUGAGGGAGGAUGGGGUGCUGACGAUCAAGAGAGUGAAGAAAGACGAUGAGGGCUUGUACGAGUGUCUGGCCAGCAACGGUGAGGGGAGUGUGAAAGCCAGUGCUGUGGUCACUGUCGUGGGUGAUGAGGGGAAGCCCAACAUUGAGGUGAUCGUCCUGGUGUGUACAGGAGCUGCUGCCACCUUCCUCUGGCUCAUGCUCAUCCUCUUCAUCCGCAAGCUGAGGAAGUCUGUGGACUAUAAAAUGGGUCCAUCCAUCAUCAUCGACCCAGACGAGUUUCCUCUGGAUGAGCAGUGUGAACUCCUGCAGUAUGACAGCAGCAAGUGGGAGUUUCCCCGAGACCGCCUCAGACUGGGCAAAACUCUGGGCCAUGGAGCCUUCGGGAAAGUGGUGGAGGCUUCUGCUUUUGGGAUUGACAAGCUCUCGACCUGCAAGACUGUGGCUGUCAAAAUGCUGAAAGGAGGAGCUACGACAAAUGAGCGCAAGGCUCUGAUGUCCGAGCUGAAGAUCCUGAUCCACAUUGGUCAUCAUCUGAAUGUGGUCAACCUGCUGGGAGCUUGCACCAAGCCUGGAGGUCCAUUGAUGAUGAUAGUGGAGUACUGCAAAUAUGGAAACUUGUCAAACUACUUGAGAAGCAAGAGGGCGGAUUUCAUCGUCUAUAAGAGCCAGGACGGUAAGUUGGUGACGUCGGGUUCGGGCUGUGACCUCAGCGAGCUCAUCAAGCGGCGCCUGGAGAGCGUGGCAAGCACCGGAAGCUCGGCCAGCUCCGGCUUUGUGGAAGAUAAGAGCUACUGCGACUCAGAGGAAGAGGAGGAAGAGCCAGAGGAUCUGUACAAGAGAGUAUUGACAAUGGAAGAUUUGAUUUGCUACAGUUUCCAAGUUGCAAAAGGCAUGGAGUUCCUGGCUUCACGCAAGUGUAUUCAUCGUGACCUGGCUGCAAGAAACAUCCUACUGUCGGAGAAUAAUGUUGUGAAGAUUUGCGAUUUUGGACUGGCCAGAGACAUCUACAAAGACCCAGACUACGUUCGCAAAGGGGAUUCCAGACUGCCCCUCAAGUGGAUGGCGCCAGAGGCCAUUUUUGACAAGAUCUACACCACUCAGAGCGAUGUGUGGUCCUUUGGAGUCCUAAUGUGGGAGAUUUUCUCUCUGGGUGCCUCUCCAUAUCCUGGCUUACACAUCGACGAGGAGUUCUGCUGCCGACUGAAGGAAGGGACCAGGAUGAGAGCUCCGGAAUACUCCUCCUCUGAGAUAUACCAGACCAUGUUGGACUGCUGGCAGGGUGAGUCAGGAGACCGGCCAACCUUCACUGAGCUGGUGGAGAGACUAGGAGACCUGCUACAGGCCAGUGUACAGCAGGAGGGCAAGCAUUACAUCCCAAUAGCAGCCCUGCUGUCCAAGGAGGGAGACCCCUCCAACACGGCCCGGUCAGAGGAGACCAACACCAGGCCGCUCUCUCACCGCGACUCAGGGAGCACCUGGAACAUCCGGCCGGGAAGUGUGAAGACCUUUGACGAGGUUACCAUGGAGAACAGCUCUAACGACAACCAUGAGGGGGGACAGUCGGACAGUGGGAUGGGCCUGUCGUCUGACGAUGGGAACACGCUGAAGCGCCUGGAAUCUUUUGCCUGACCUCCCUGCAUCAUGGCCCUGGCGAUGAAGGAGGUGAGUAGGAGUAAGGAGUCGGUGCUGAUUGAGGAAGAGAAGGACAAGUACCCGCGGCCUGUCUCCUCUCUGGACUUCAUCCUGAACAACUCUUCCCUGGAGCCUGGUCUGGAGUGCCACAGCCCGCGCCCUGACUACAACUACAUAGUACGCCCCUCCACCCCACCUGUGUAGCCCUACCCCACCCCAUCGCCGUGGGAGACCCCCCCCCCCCCCCCCGCCCCUGGUGGAGAGUCUGACUGAAUGCCUCAAGGCCUCUCCUUUGUUCUCCUCUGUUCUAGCUCACCCUGGUCUUCACAGCGCACUGUAAAACGCCUGCUGCUGCCUCUCUCCUCUUAACUUCUUCCAUUUCUCCUCAUCCCCGGGGCUUGAGCUAGAGACAAGUUUGAGACGCUUUGUUACAACGUGGGAUCUGUUACUUUAGGACUGUGACACCUUUCUGUGUAUCUGCACUUAGCCUGCCUGCUUCCCAUCAGCCCACAGUGCAGGAAGGAGGAAGAAGAGUCUGCCUUCUCAGCCUGUCCCAGGGGUUCAUCUAUGUGCUGCUGGUCUUCUCCAUACCCCACUGUGAUAUCCACACCACAGGAGGUUGGUGGCACCUUAAUUGGGGAGGACGAGCUCGUGGUAAUGACUGGAGCGGAGUAAGUGGAAUGGUAUCAAGUACAUGAAACACAUGGUUGCUAUGUGUUUGAUGCCAUUCCUUUAGCUCCAUUCCAGACAUUACUAUGAGCCGUCCUCCCCUCAGCAGCCUCCACUGAUCCACACAUACAGAUACCUAUAGAUACCGAUAGACCUACAGUGCUUUCAGAAAGUUUUCAUACAGUUGAAGUCGGAAGUUUACAUACACUUAUGUUGGAGUCAUUAAAACUCGUUUUUCAACCACUCCACAAAUUUCUUGUUAACAAACUAUAGU